AUGGAAAACGCAUUCGCCCAAACGACCUCCAAGGUCUUGAAGCACUUCUCAGUAUCAGAGACACAAGGUCUCACCAACGCGCAAGUUGAAGCUUCAAGAGAGAAAUAUGGCCGCAAUGCCAUCGCAGAAGACCCUCCUACUCCAAUCUGGAAGCUCAUUCUCGAGCAAUUCAAGGACCAGCUUGUAGUCAUCCUUCUCGGAUCCGCCGCAAUCUCUUUUGUCCUCGCUCUGUUCGAGGAAGAUGGUGGCUGGGCAGCCUUUGUUGAUCCCGCAGUUAUUCUCACAAUCUUGAUCCUUAACGCCGUCGUUGGUGUCUCUCAGGAGAGCAGCGCAGAGAAGGCGAUCGCAGCUUUACAAGAAUACUCAGCAAACGAAGCCAAGGUUGUCCGAAAUGGCCAUGUUACAAGGGUUAAGGCUGAAGAAUUGGUUCCUGGAGACGUCAUUUCGAUCUCUGUGGGAGACAGAAUCCCUGCAGAUUGCAGGGUCCUGGCUAUUCAGAGCAACAGUUUCGCAGUUGACCAGGCUAUUCUCACGGGAGAAAGCGAGAGUGUUGGAAAGGAUACAGACGUGGUGAAGGAUUUGCAAGCCGUGAAGCAAGAUCAGAUCAACACCCUUUUCUCAGGAACCACGGUCGUUACGGGGCAUGCUACUGCAAUUGUGGUUCUGACUGGUUCAUCUACCGCUAUUGGUGAUAUUCACGAGAGUAUUGUAGCACAAAUCUCUGAGCCAACACCUUUGAAGCAAAAGCUCAACGAUUUUGGUGACACGUUGGCUAAAGUUAUUUCACUCAUCUGUAUUGCAGUCUGGCUCAUCAAUAUCCCUCACUUCAACGAUCCGUCCCACGGAGGCUGGGCAAAGGGAGCUAUAUAUUACCUCAAGAUUGCCGUUUCUCUCGGUGUUGCCGCUAUUCCAGAAGGUCUGGCUGUAGUCAUCACAACAUGUCUUGCUCUCGGUACACGAAAAAUGGCAGCAAAGAACGCAGUUGUACGAAGCUUGCCUUCUGUCGAAACCCUUGGUAGCUGCAGCGUAAUUUGCUCUGACAAGACCGGUACUUUGACCACGAACCAGAUGAGUGUCAGCAAAGUUGUAUACCUCAACGAGGCUGGAAAUGAUUUGGAAGAGCUCGGUGUUGAGGGCACAACCUUCGCCCCAACUGGAAAGAUCACGUCUAACGGCAAAGAGGUCACGGGUGCGGCUGGAAAGUCAAGCACAAUUUUUCAAAUGAUGGAGGUCGCUGCACUUUGCAACGAUGCUCAAUUGGCUUUGGACUCAAAAACUGGACAGUACUCUAACGUUGGUGAACCAACUGAAGGAGCUCUUCGCGUUCUCGUGGAGAAGAUUGGCACUAACGAUAACGCACAAAACAAGGCGAGAGCCGGUCGUGCUGCUGAAGAUUGUCUGCAUCUUGCUAGCUCUUGGUACGAAAAUAGAAGCCCCCGUCUCGCGACCUACGAAUUUUCCAGGGACAGGAAGAGCAUGUCAGUUCUCGUUGGAAGCAAGACUCAGCAAAGACUACUCGUUAAAGGAGCCCCCGAAGCUAUUAUUGACCGCUGCACCCACACAUUGGUUGGAGCGAACGGCAAAAAGAUCCCCAUGUCCAAAAGCCUUUCUGAUACCCUGUUGAAGGAGGUUGUAGACUAUGGCAACAGAGGUCUCCGUGUGAUUGCUCUUGCCAGCCUCGACGAUGUUACUUCCAACCCGGCUUUAAAGAACGCAAAAUCUACUGAAGAUUACUUGAAUCUCGAGCAAAACCUUACUCUACUGGGUCUUGUUGGCAUGGAAGAUCCCCCACGUCCUGAGGUUGCCGGGGCUAUCCGCAAAUGUAAGGAAGCUGGCAUCCGAGUUAUUGUUAUCACUGGUGACAACCGCAACACCGCCGAGACUAUCUGUCGACAAAUUGGUGUAUUUGGUCAAGAUGAAGAUCUAAGAGGUAAAAGUUACACGGGAAGAGAGUUCGACAACCUCAGCGAUUUCCAACAACUUGAAGCCGCAAAGACCGCCUCUCUCUUCUCUCGUGUUGAGCCAAGCCACAAGUCAAAGCUCGUUGACCUGCUCCAACAGAUGGGCGAGGUUGUUGCUAUGACUGGUGAUGGUGUAAACGAUGCUCCUGCUCUCAAGAAGGCCGAUAUUGGUGUUGCCAUGGGUUCUGGGACCGAUGUUUCAAAGCUGGCUUCUGACAUGGUCCUCACUGACAACAACUUCGCUACGAUUGAGGUUGCCAUUGAAGAAGGUCGCUCAAUCUACAACAACACCCAGCAGUUCAUCAGAUAUUUGAUCUCUUCAAACAUCGGCGAGGUCGUUUCUAUCUUCUUGACAGCCGCGAUCGGUAUGCCCGAAGCUCUCAUCCCCGUUCAACUCCUCUGGGUCAACCUCGUCACAGAUGGUCUCCCAGCCACUGCAUUGUCAUUCAACCCCCCUGACCACGAUGUCAUGAGAAGACAACCAAGAAAGCGCGAUGAGCGUCUUAUCGGUGGCUGGCUCUUUUUCCGCUACAUGGUCAUCGGUAUCUACGUCGGUCUGGCGACAGUCGCUGGCUACGCCUGGUGGUUCAUGUACAAUGCCGAGGGACCCCAGAUCAACUUCUGGCAACUCACUCACUUCCACAAGUGCUCUGCUCAGUUCCCAGAGAUCGGCUGCCAGAUGUUCUCGGACGAUAUGGCCAAGUCAGCUUCCACCGUCUCGUUGUCGAUCCUAGUUGUCAUUGAGAUGCUUAACGCCAUGAAUGCUCUUUCGUCUAGCGAGUCACUUCUUACGCUCCCUCUCUGGGAGAACAUGAUGCUCGUCUAUGCUAUUACCUUGUCGAUGGCCCUGCACUUCGCUCUGCUCUACACCCCUAUCUUGCAAAUGCUCUUCUCCAUUCUCCCACUGAACUGGAAUGAGUGGCAGGCGGUUUUGGUGAUCAGUGCACCUGUCAUUCUCAUUGACGAAGGUCUGAAGUUUGUUGAAAGACAGCUCUUCAUCCAGAAGACAAAUGUUAUUGAACCCAGAACUAAGAGCGAAUAG